AUUAUAUUAAAAAAUUGAAAAUGAGAGACAAGGAAGUGAAUAAGCCAUAUCUCGUAACCCUAGCUAUGACUGCAGCCAUCGGUUUCCUCCUACUUGGGUACUGAUUUGCUUAUUUCAAUGCAUUCACCGACAUCUUGCAUAAGCAAUAUGUGCAGAAUGGGAAAGAAGUUAUUAAAAAUAAGAAUUUAUUCAACUCUAUUGUAUCUGGCCUCGUACCCUUUGGAGCAAUUAUAGGCAGUGUGCUAGUAGGGCUGAUAGUGGGAAAAGGAAGAAGGCUCUCUCUUUUAGUAGUUUCUAGCAUCUUUGUAAUGGCUACUGCUUCCACAAUGAUUUUCAAUAUCUACGCACUGAUAGGAGGGAGAUUGAUAAUGGGAGUAUGCAUUGGAUCUUAUGCUUCUUUAUGACCAUUAUUUAUCUCAGAGAUUUCUCCACCACAUUUAUCAGGACUCUUGGGAGUAUUCAAUCAAAUGGGAGCAUGCUCCGGAAUUUUACUUGCAUUCAGCGUGCCGUUUGCCAUGCCUUUACCAGAUGAUGUAAACUCAAACGAGUGGAGAUACAUAUUUGGGCUUCCUGCAAUUUUUGCAUUAGUCCAGAUAUUUCUCUUCCUCUUCGUGUUCAAGUAUGACACACCCUUGUUUUACAAGAAGAAUCAAGAUCAAGUUAAUUUUGAUAAAAUUACAAGCAGGAUUUACCUUUUCGAAGAUAGCACAUCUCUUGAGUUCGAUUACCCUGAGGUCGAGCUAGAAAUUCCCGAAGAAGAAGCCUGAUUGAUUCCCAAAAGACAGCCUUUAGAACAAAGAUUCAGGAGUCAGAAUGAGGACAGAAUUGUUCCAAGAUGGACCUCGGGUUAUAAAAGAGCUCUCGUAAUAGGCUCUCUAUUAAGCCUGAUGCAGCAACUGACUGGAAUAAACUCUGUAACUUUCUUCUCAAGUGAAAUAUUCAGUGAUGGUAAAACAGGAAAUGAUGCUGCUUUUCACGCAAGGAUAGGAACACUUUUUGUUGGAUUUUGUGCAUUCUGUGGUACAGGUCUUUCAAUUCCUCUACAAAAAUACUUUGGCAGAGUCUCGUUUAUCCAGAUAAGUGAGAUAGCCAUGUGAAUUUCCCUUGCUCUUUGUGGAGUUUGAGCUGGAUUAGGAAUUCAUAUUGGAAUAAUAGCCUUCACUUUGGUCUUUACAUUCAUGUUCAACUUUGGGUUUGGCCAAGCUCUAUGGAUUUACUCUUCGGAAAUAUUAGAUAGCUACGGCUGAUCGAUUGUGGCGUUGAUCAAUAUGACUGCAACUUGGAUUUUCGGAACAUUCUCAAAUUUAGCCUUCAAAUAUUUCACAUCUCAAGGAGUUUACUUUGGACUAGCAACAAUUCAGAUUUUUACAAUUACUUUUGUGUUCAUGUGUGUGAAAGAAACCAAAGGAAAAUCAAAGCAGGAAUGAGAACAACUUUAUUGUGAUCAAAAGUUUGGUUAAAUUAUCUAAAGCCAAAAUAUAUAUAUUUCAAUUA